AUGAAUCCGGGCGAGUUGCUAGACAAAUUUGGGCUUCUCAGUAUUUGGGCCAGGGGAGGCGAGGUAACAGCCGAAGUCAAGAGAAUAUGCAGCACCACUGGCAUUGUUGGCAUUCUCACAGCAUCUAAAGAAUUCAGAGAUCCAAACUCUGCCGUCCCCGACAAUACAACAAUUGCAGAUUUUCUUGGCCAUCGCACAGGGCUUCAAGCGGCUGAGUCUGUCUUGACUGGAAACGGGGGUCGUAUCUGCUUGCUCCCAGACGAGAUCAUCGCGGCGUAUCACAAUCUCGAGCGCCUAGCAGAGCCACGCUCUCGCUUUAUUCAUGGCGCGAUCAACUACGCUUUGCUUGAAAAAAUCAUCGAUGAAUGCUGCCCCGAAGGCUAUUGGGAAUAUCUUAAAAGAAACGUCUUUGGGGCUUUGGGAAUGUUUGAUGGUCACGAUGAUUAUCCUGAAUUGAGAAGAGGCCGUGAAGACGAUGCCGUAUCAGAGCUAUAUUACGUCGGUCGUCGGGGCCAGGACCUACCAUUGGAACGCGUGGAUUGUCUUGACAGCGAUCUAGCGCCCGAUUUACCAAGUUUGAAGUUGGAUAAAGCAUUUCCUACUAACGAACUCGAAUCACUGUCUUCCGAUGGCAAGAUUAAAGCAUCCUCAGCUAAUGACUUUGAGUCACUGCCUUCCUCUUGCUCGAAUAACGCAUUUUCUUCUGAAGCCUUUGAGCCACCGCCUUCCUAUUGCUCAGAUAAAGCAUUUUCUACUGAAACCUUUGAGCCACCGCCUUCCUAUUGCAAAGAUAAAGCAUCCUCGACUGACAACUCCGAGUCACUGCGUUCCCAUCGCUUGGAUAAAGCAUUUCCUACCAAUGGUUUCAAGUCAGUGCGUUCUUAUUGCAGGCGGCAGUGCCAGGACCGCCUCUCUAGUUCGUUAUCAAAUGAUCCUCUGGUAGCCGAGAAAGACAGUCCUGGUUCAAGCCAUCUAUCGACGUACCGUAAACAGCAGGCAAUGGCUGAAGAAAUAAUAUGUUCCCAAAAGGCUACAAUGCAAAAUACGACGAGGGGCGUCGUGAGUAGCCUUAACGACCUGAUAGACUUCUGCAUGGGUCUCAACCUGGCCGCUGACAAAAGUCUGGAUCCUCAUAGCAGUGGCUGGAAACACGCGUUCCCCGACGUGGAUUUGCUUUUCAAUCCCCUUCAGGCCAUGGACGGAGACUCGAACGAUGGAGACGCCAAAAGCACACGUAGCUAUGCUGCAGGCUGGGCAACUACCAAGUUACCCGGCAGACUCGAAGGCCUUGGAAUCAACUCCAAGCUGGUCCCGAUGCCCGUCAUUGGACUCGGCCAAAACGAAGUAAGCAAAGUGUACUGGAAUCAAGGAGUGCACAGCGGAUCAAACUGUUUUGUUGCCCUUUUGCCCGAAACGAAAUCUGCAGUCAUAGUUUUGACAAACACGAGGACAGCAAACGAUGCCGCUGAUUGGAUCGGGCAAUGCCUGCUUCAGACGCUCCUGGGCGGUCGCUUCUAUGAGCCUCUCCCCUUGGUGAAAACGAGCAUGUAUAAAGCACACAAGCAGCACGAUGCUCUUUAUUUCAAAAAUUUCAAAUUUGAUUUCGACAAGAAAAGCAGCUUUUGGGGCCCGUCCAAUCGUCCUUCUGAGCAGUAUAUGGGGGUGUACGCAAGCAGCUCUGAUAAGAGAAUAACUCUGUUCGUCUGGCCUGAGACAUAUAAAGGAUUUGCAAAUGGAAUGGGAAGAUUUGAACUGCAGCACCUCUAUAAUGACAGCUUUUCCUGGUAUUCGGACUGGGGAAAGACCGUAUCAUACGGCAAAUCUACCAACUACCCCCCAGCGCAUUAUAUUCUACAUUUUCAUCCCUGCAAACUCGACAAACGGAGAAUCGGCUCAGUGACUUGGCAACAUGACCCAGAAGUGCCCGAAGGAGAAACAUUUGUUCGUAUUCAAGAGCUUGACGCUCAUAAGCUGUGGGAUUUUGGCAUCCUGAAAGCUGAGUUGGCGUAUUUUCAUGUUUUUCUUAUUUAUGCGUUUGUGCUUGAUACUACGUUUGUGCUUGUACUACUAUCUACUUUCACCAUCAUUCGCGUCUUGAUCACAUCACUCGGCGUUGUCACAAGCGCAGCCAGAGCCCCUGCCAUCGCUGCACUCGAUCCAGCUACCAGGCCCGUCUCCAACACGCCUUUCGUCUGGUCCUUUCUAAAACGCAGCCGCCUGUCCCACAAACGCCCUCUUGCGUACUCAAACAUGGGAAACUGGAGCGCCGUAAAGGGCAAAUUACGUGCCACCAGUGCUGUGUAUCCCGAAAACAGACCCCCUGCCAUAUUCCCUCCUCCGGCUAUGCGACGGAACGCCGCCAACGAUGUGGAUUUGCGCAGACUUGAUCCCGUAGGUUCGGCGCGUAUCAUUUGA